CAACAACUCCACUCAUUACACUCCAAACUGACUCAAAGAAGACGAAGUCGUGGGAUUGCGAUUCAUUCUGUUAUUCAUAACUCUUUCUCCAACUUCCAUGUUUCCGAUUAUCUUAACCACAAGUUCUUUCGUCAUUCUGAUCAAUAUCGUAUAUCUACGGAGUUGCAACUGUAGAGUGUAGACGGCACAUUGAAUGAAGAUGAAAGUUUUCGUAAAAACAUUGAAGGGGACUCACUUUGAAAUCGAAGUGAAACUCGAAGACACGGUUGAUGAUGUGAAGAAAAAUAUAGAAAGUGUUCAGGGAUCAGAUGUAUAUCCAGCUGCACAACAGAUGCUUAUCCAUCAGGGAAAAGUGUUGGAAGAUAGCACCACCAUGGAAGAAAACAAAGUUUCUGAAAACAGUUUUAUGGUCAUCAUGUUGUCGAAGAACAAGAGCUCCGCGGCUGAUCCUCUUCCCACUCCGGUGGCGGCAGCGGCGCCACCCCCUCAGCCGCCGUCAUCCACCACAAACACAAAUCCGCCUCCAUCUGAGAUUCUAUACAACGAAGCAGCAUCACAUAUGGUUGAAGGAAUCAAUGUACCAGGCACAAUCCACCGGAUUCUUCAAAUGGGUGGAGGUUCAUGGGACAGAAUCACAGUCGUCCGUGCCCUUCAUGCUGCUUUCAACAACCCAGAAAGAGCCGUUGAAUAUCUCUAUUCCGGCAUACCCGACUCACCAGAUCUUCCUCUAGUCGCCGGUGCCGGAGCUCCACCACCGCCAGCUGUAAACCCACCACCACCAACUGGAUCAAAUGCAAAUUCGUUGAAUCUCUUCCCUCAAGGUCUUCCCGGUGGUGCAGGUGCAGGUGGAAAUCUUGAUUUCCUGCGCGACUGUCCAAAUUUUCAAGCGUUGCGAUCAAGGGUGCUAGCUGAUCCACAAAUCUUACAGCCGAUGCUCCAAGAAUUGAGGAGCCAAAAUCCGGAGCUGGCUGGACUACUUCAUGAGCGCCAAGCUGAUAUCAUUAGCAUGAUCUUUGAAUCUGUUGAAGGAGGAGAGGAUGAAUUGGGAUGGGGACAUCCGGCGUCAGGGGUAUCUGAGUCUUUUACACUUACAAGUGAGAACAUGGACGCAAUUGACCGUCUUGAAGCAAUGGGAUUUAACAGGUCGGUGGUAUGUGAUGUGUUUUUGGCUUGCGAUAAGAGUGAAGAGGUGGUUGCCAAUUACCUGCUGGACCACAUGAAUGAGUUUGAACAUUGAAGAAUAGUAAUGUGGAAAAAUUGGUCCUUUUUUCUUGAUUGAUUGAAGUGUAUAUACUAUAUAGCACUUGGCUGUUAUCUUUUCAACUUUUAGUGUGUAUGUUUUGGUGAAUAUGCAUGGGAGACUAAAAUUGAAGUGUAAAUAAGAUAGUC